UUUUGUUUUCUCAUUAGAACUAGAACGCUGAUGGCUGAAGUGGUUGAAGUUAAAAACUGUCGGAAGCGAUCACUACAAGUGCAAACGGUUAAGCUACUCCGGCGCUGAAGUAAUCAGCCUACGAUAACUUCGCGGAUUCAAGCCUUGCAGGAUACCUCUGGUUACUGGUGCCCCUGAUAUCUUGUCAUCUGUAGCCAGCCAGGUAGUUCACCCGGUUGGGUGGUCUUGCGUUCGACGAACUUUCGCUCUCGCCCAGGCCCUGUCGUUUUGGCGGGCUUUUCUGAAUUCUGAGGAAGCAUGGCUCGGCGGAGGUCGCCAUCCUCUGGGUCAUCCCCUCUCGGUGCAGUCCCAGAGCUGUCGCUGGAAGACUACGACCCCAUGCCUUACGAGGAGCUGAUCUGCGCCAUCUGCCACUCUGUGCUGCGCGAUCCCGUCGAGUGCCCCUGCCACCACGUCUUUUGUCGCCGCUGCAUCUGGGAGUGGGUCCACAAGGACAACAGCUGCCCGAUAUGCCGCAAGCGGGGCAUCUCGGCCGUCACACCUGUACCGCCUUUUGUACGAAACAUGCUCAACUCUCUCAAGGUGAAGUGCCGAAAUGCUGGCUGCAAUGCCCGUGUACCUGCGGAAAGUUUUGUGCAUCACACGAGUGCGUGCGAGUUUCAUGAAGUAAGCUGCCCACACGAAGCCUGCGAACAUCGGUGUCAACGACGUUUGCUAGAAUCUCACGUGAAGCAGUGUCCACUACGCGAGGUCACAUGUGAGAAGGGUUGUGGAUUGGUUCUCACACGGGGCCGCCUCAAAAGCCACAGCUGUGUGGAUGAACUCAAGCGUAAGCUAGACGGUGAGUAAUGUUUU